AUGAACGAACCAACAGAAGCAGAAUCCAAUGUUGAAUCUAUAGUUGCUCUCGAGGAAUUGACGAUAACGAGUGAAAAUUCGAAUUCUUAUAUAACUGAACAAAAUACAAUUAAUCAAUCUAUUAGUCAAGCUGAUAAAUCUAUUAAAUCAAGCGCUAAUGAUGAAUAUUCUAACGUUGAAUUAACAAAUAGUAUCAUUAUCUUUGAUUCUGCAAAGGUUUCGACUAUCGGACAAGGAAGGAAAAGUUAUCAACUUCGAGCUUUGACUCGAAAAACGAUUUCUUAUCAAAAACGACAAAUGUUUACCAAUGUCUGUUGUAUUACAUUAUGUCCUUUCAUGAUGGUCGCUAUCGCUGGUAUAAUGGGAAUAGUUGUUCAAGGUUUGAUAAACAAAUCAAGUAACCCUGAUGAAUUUUUAUUUUGCUCUAAUGUCAAUGCAGAAUCUUUAUUUGGUAUACCAUUACAGCAGGGUUCGACUAAUCUACCAACAGCCCCAUCCGAUCAAGUGCCGAAUUCAUCAGGCAAAACAAAUUUGAUAAAGUUAGUUAAUUUUUUCCUCCCACCUUCCGAUGCUUCGACAUUUUCCAUUCCGGGUAAUCCUCAAAGUUGCGUGUUUGUGUUCGGUCAUGGCUAUCCGGCUGUUUUGCCUUAUCAACCUCCUGUUGCCCAAAGCACGAUUAAUUCUACUAGACGCGAUACAACUUUUAUACCGGAUCCAUCUUCUUCUCCUUGGCUAAGCAAUUUAUCACUCAGCUACUCUCCGAUACUAUCUUACAUAAGUCAAAUACAAACUUACCCAUGGUCCAAUAUUCGUGAAGCACCAGGUAUAAAUGUUGGUCAAAAACCUCUUCAUGAUCCUGCUCUUUCUCUUGCUAAUUUUAGCAAUCCUAAUGAAACCUAUCCCGGAGAUUUUGGUAUUUUAGGAAAUAUUAAUACAAAUUAUUAUGUUAAUAUCACUGAAGGCAGUGAUUCAUCUUUCAAAGUUCAAAAUUUUUUACCAGUUCCAUUUUUUUCAAAACCACUUGAUAGUAACUCUUACUCUAAUAUUGAUCAAUUAGAUCAAGCAUUUGACAAUAUAUUAAGUGAUAGUAUUCUUAAUGUUAUUAAUGAAUUAGCUAAAGUACCUAAAAUUUCAUUAAUUAAUCAAUCAGAUCCCGCUUUAUUAAAUUAUAAUACUAAAAUUGCUGGAAUAAUAACAAAAAUGCCAUGGGGAAAUAUAUUAUUUGAUUCAACAAAUAAUUUUUCUAAACAAUGGAAUUAUACUUUACAAAUUGGUUCGGAUAUUCGAAUUUCUGCUGCAGCUUCUUUUCCAUCUAAAGGUUUAAGAAGAAUAUCACAACAAAGUGAUUUAAGUAAUGGUUUUAUAAGAACUGUUAAUGGAACUAUUGGUGGAGGACCUACUAAUAUUGGUAUUACUCCAAUGUAUCGUGUAAUGCCAGAAGUGUUUUCUACUGGAAUUAAAUUACCUAUUGGAACUUUAAUUGGUGGAAUUUUAUAUCCAUUCGGUGUUUCAUUCCUUUUACCAAUUUUUGUUAUUAUAUUAGUAAAAGAAAAAGAGGAUAAAAUAUUAGUAAUGAUGAAAAUGAAUGGAUUAAAUACUUUAGUUGUAACAUUUUUAAUUGUUUUAUGUGGAAUUAUUGUUAGUUCUGUUACUCAAUAUUUAUAUAGAAAUAAUCCUGCUCCAUUAACAUAUUUUUUAUGGCCUCCAUUUGCUUUUUAUAGAUGUCUUGGUUUAAUUAAUACUGCUAGUGUUAGAAAUACAAAAAUAGAUCCAGAUGAAGUAAAAUUUGAGGAUGCAGAUGUUAAAGAGGAGAGAAAGAGGGUACUUGAGAAUAAUUAUGACAUAGAUUCUCCAUUGGUUAUGAAACAUAUGAGAAAAGUUUAUCCAAAUGGAAAAUUGGCGGUUAAAGAUAUUACUUUUGCUGUUGAUAGGAAUAUAAUUUUUGGUCUUUUAGGACCUAAUGGAGCAGGAAAAACAACGUUAAUUGGUAUUUUAACUGGAUUAUACUCACCAACUUCCGGUUCCGCUUCAAUAAACAACUUCAACAUUAGUACACAUAUGCGAGAAGUUUACAUGUCUAUGGGUGUGUGCCCGCAACAUGAUAUUUUAUGGGACGACCUAACAGUUGGUGAGCAUUUAUUAUUCUAUGCUCGUCUGAAAGGUAUUCCUGCUAAUCAGGAACAUGCAGCUAUAUUACAAGCUCUCAAACAAGUUCGUCUUGAACCAUUCAAAAACCGUCUUUCCAAAGGUCUUUCUGGUGGUGAAAAGCGUCGUCUAUCAAUUGCUAUUUCAUUAAUCGGUAACCCUGCUGUGGUAUUCCUUGAUGAACCAACCACUGGAUUGGAUCCAGAGGUUAGAAGAUUAAUUUGGAACAUUGUUAACGGAGCAAAAAAAGGUAGAACUAUUGUAUUAACUACACAUAGUAUGGAAGAAGCAGAAGUUUUGUGUAAUAGAAUCGGAAUUAUGGCAAAAGGAACUUUAAGGUGUUUGGGACCACAAUUGAGAUUGAAGGAGGUUUAUGGAAGAGGAUUCAAAUUAAGUUUUUCAUGUAAAGCUAAAAAUGUUGAUAUGGCUACACAAUUCAUCGAAUCAUUAUUACCUCCAACUUUCAAAAAAUUGGAUUCAUUUGUUACAAAUGUGUCAUAUGAAUUUGAAACCGAAAAUGGUUUGAUUGCUAAAUUAUUUAGAGAAAUUGAAGAGCAUAAAAAUGAAAAUGGAAUAGAUGAUUGGGGAUUAAGUCAAACCACUUUGGAAGAAGUAUUCUUAAAGAUUAUUGGCGAGGCAGAUGCCGAAGCUUAA